AUGUGGAAGUUGUUUCCGGGCGUCUGCCGUCUAGACGGGUAUACAUACGAUCCGAUUUUUGGUGUAUGCAUUCAUCUGUACACUACUGCUUUGAUCUGGGACAAGGCUGUGGAGGCUUGUUCAAACGACAGUGCGUAUCUCCUCAUACUUGACACCGUGGAGAAAGUGCAGGCCACAAAAACUGGUGUUCAUAAGGAACGCUUUGCAGAAUCACAUCAUUGGUGGUUAGGAGGUUAUGAUUAUGAUGACGGCCCCGCUAAUGACUUUCGAUGGAGCAAUGAUGCAACUAUAUUUGGCAACACGAUAGAAAACUCAAAAUGGAAGAAAACAUUUACCGGAACGAAUUUUGUCUACAAUGACGGCGUCGUAUUUUCCCAGCAGACGUCAGGCUCCAUUAGUUGUGCACAGGCCUGUCAAUUACACACCACGACUUGUGUAGAGUUUUCCUAUGCGAUAACGACAAAGGAGUGCCGAGGGUACAACGGACUUUCGCAAAACCCUGUCAGCCAAGCAAAUGCAAAUAUAUGGACAUUCGCCUGCCGUCUUGACGGGUACACCUACGACCCAGCCCUCCGUGUGUGCAUUCGUCUGUACACCGUUACUAAGACAUGGCAGGAUGCAGCUGAUGCGUGUUCUGCCGAAACAGCACAACUCCUCAUUCUGGACACAGUACAGAAAUUGCAGGCUACGACAACCGGUGUUCAUAAGGACCUCUUUGCAGCCGGAGGUAUUUGGUGGAUAGGAGGUUAUGAUAAUGACGCCGGUCCUGCUAAUGACUUCAAAUGGGGCAAUGGUCAAAUAAUCGACGCUAAUUUGUUUUCUCCAAUCCAGCCGGAUAACGAUCACGAAAGAUGUAUACAUCUGAACAGCGAACCAGGGCUUAACGACUUCUCAUGUUCUAGUGCAUUAUUCUAUGUGUGCCAGAAAAACAUUUAGGAAUUUAGAAACAUGUUCAACACAGGACAUUCUCU